AUCAUUAAUGGAAGAGUAUUAGAAAAGUGGUGAAGGACAUAACCGUAAUUUCACUAGGAAUACCUCAUAUAAACCACCACAUAUAGAGAGAGAAAAUAGGGGAUAGAGAGAGAAAGAAAAUACCCGUAAUUAGGAAAAUAGAAUUGUCAAUUGGUUCAUCGUCCAUUAUUUGCUUUUUGAUGUUAUUCUUGUUGCUAUUGUUUAUGUCAUCGUCGUUGUCUGUUGCGAGUUUCUCACUCUUCAAACUUCAAACCUUUCAAAUAGAAUCCCUUAGCCCCUAAUCUCACGCUUAGUCUCUUAACUAAUUUUACAUUCUCUUACACAAAAAAUUAACCUCGUAAAACCACCUUAAACCAACAAAAACCGCCAUUCCCACAAUUCCCGCCGGAAAACCGCUUUUACAAUUAUUUCUCCAUAGCCAAGUCGUAUAAUCCAGGUUUCCGACACCGGUUGUUAUUUUAAAAAAAGGAAGGUAGUGGUGGUUGUUAUUUUUAAUCAGGAACGUACACGUGGACAAUGAUGGGAACGAAGGUGAUGGGUAGAUGGGGCACCUGGGAGGAGCUACUCCUCGGUGGGGCCGUUCUCCGCUACGGGACACGAGACUGGAAAGUCGUCGCCGCCGAGCUCCGAUCACGAACCGUUUGUCCUUACACUUUUACCCCUGAGGUAUGUAAAGCCAAGUAUGAAGACUUGCAAAAACGGUAUUCUGGGAGCACCAGGGCUUGGUUUGAGGAGCUUAAGAAGACAAGAGUAGCUGAGCUGAAGAGAGCUUUGGAGCUCUCUGAAGAUUCAAUUGGGUCUCUUCAAUCAAAGCUUGAAUUCUUGAAGUCCGGUAAGAAUGAGAAAAAAGAUGAUUGUGAAAAUGGAUCAAGAAGUCCAGUAUCGCAUGUACCUUCUCAUAAAUUGGAGAGAGUUGAAUCUUCCACUAAAGAGACAUCAAAAGACGGGCUUUCCGCCGGCAGUUUCACACACGAAAUGAGGACAAACUGGUCUCCUGAAUGCCAUGUUCCAGCUCGGUCCGUCGAUGAUAUAGAAACGAAGCCUGAAGUUUCACAAUCUUCCGAACAAGUUAAAGUUUUGAAUGUAGAUAAUUUGGCUCAUAUAUAUGAAGGACUAGGAGUAGUAGGAGCAAGUUUUAGAAAAAGGAGAGGGAAGAGGAAAAGGAAGGAUUGUAGUAAAAAUAUUAAGGAAGCAAGUGUGGGAGAAAGUGACUUAUUAGAUUCGACCGAUGUUAUUUCGUGGUGUAAAGAAAGUUCUACUACUAGUAACUGUGGUGAAGUUGCCAAAUCUUGUGCCGAUGUAAAUGAUCGAAAUAAGAACUUGAAAAAGCAUUGCACAGAAGAUAUGAUUGAGAUUUUAGAUUCGGUUUUUGAAACUAAAGGUGCAUCUGCCUUCCGUCGCAGACUUGAUGGUCAGAAGAGAGGAAGGUACAAGAAAAUGAUCCGGCGGCACAUGGACUUUGACACUAUAAGGUCAAGAAUUAGCAAUCAAACAAUUAAAUCAACCAUAGAACUAUUCCGAGACUUGCUGCUACUCGCCAACAAUGCCUUAGUCUUCUACUCGAAGAACACUCGCGAACAUAAAACGGCUCAACUUCUAAGAGACAUAGUCACCAAAAAAAUGAGGGAGAGUUUCAAGGAUAAUACUAUUAGUAGCAGAAAAGUCACUCAAGUUAAUGAGUCUAUGAAAUUACCAAUUAAUAAUCUUCAUGUGAAACCAAGAAGUGUAAGACCAGGUAGCAGAAAAAUCACUGCAAAAGCGAUUGAUGGUAACAACUCUGCAUUUGGGAUGACACAAGGAGCUAAGAAGCCCAGUAAAGCUGAUUCUCCGCCUUCGGUUGAAUCCUUAACUGUCACAAAGAAAGCUGCUUUUGGUAGACCGAAAAAAGUUGGGCGCGUGACUUCAGGUCAAAAGACUACUACUACACCGAUGAAAGGAAGGAAAAGAGUUAGAACAAAGUCGUAGUGCUUUAAGGUUAAUCAAUAUAGUUUUAUUUCUUUGUACAAAGAUUUUACCCUUUUUGGUUAGGUGUUUUUUUGUUUAGUUUAAUGAAGGAGGAAGGUUAAUGCAAUUAACCAAAAUGAACUUGGGUUAGAAUUUAGAUAGAUGCAUGAGGGAAACUAACUAUAAAAUAUAUGAAAUAGUUCUUAGGUUAACUAAUGUGGAUAAGUUUCCAAUCAAAGUAGUUACAUGUUUUAUUUUUGCUAGCACCAAAGGGGCUAAAACUACUUGUAAAUUGUAAGCAAGGGUUUCUUUAGCAAUGGAUAUGACUUGCUAUUAACUACUUUA